AUGAAUUAUAGUUUUAGAACAAGAGAUUUAGUUUUAUUCCUUUUAAUAAUUCAACUUGCCUGUCAUCUGAUAAUUCAUUGGGAUUAAUAUAAUUGUGAUGUGUAUGGAAAUGUUUAAAUAUGUGUUUGGAUUGUUAUUGUUCUAUUGAGAUAAUUAUUUCAACAUUCAUAAUAUAAUAAAUGGGCUUUGCUUAUGACUUUGCUUAUAGCUGGAGAAACAGUUUCAAUAAAUGUAAUAGCAGUCUAGUAGGAGAACUGUCUUUAAAAGCCAACAUUUAUAUUUUAUUGUGUUAUUGGAUAUUUUUUAACUAUUUCUUCUUUUUCAAAAUUACUAAGCCUAAGUAAGAAACCUUAAAUAGCGAAAGUAAUUGAUUCGACAACUCUAUGA